AUGCUAGCCCAGUGUGACCAUCUUGCAGAAACAUAUUUCGAUGGGUUUGAGCAGGACCUGGGCAAGUGCGAGCUCAGGUAUGCACUUUCAUUUGACCAUGACCUAGAUGUGUUUGCUGCAUCUAUUGGGCUCAUGAAAACAUCCGUCACUGAAUCAGGAGUAAAGAUAGAGCUUAUGGAGUGGCGCAUGGAGGUGGUCAAGAAGCAAGCAGACACCAUUGCAGAUCUUGAGAUUGAGCUCUCGAAAGCACACAAGCAGGAGCGCGCGUAUGAGGAAGCAAUGGAGCAACUGCAGGCAGACCUAGAUAUGUUUGAGCAAGAUAACGCAAAGCUGAAGGCAUUGGCUGCUGCUUCGGAGAGACAAGCUGCUGGCGCACAGCUCAUCAAUUCAGAGAAUGUGCCCAUAUCGAGGCUCUUCGUGGCAUUGUCCGUUUCUUGCACACAGAAAACUCAGUAUCUCAAAGGGCCUGUCAGCCGUGUACAUACACCUCCACUAGACCCCUCAGGUCAACCCGACACAGACGAAUCAGAUUCCAAGACCCCACCCGCGCCUCCUACCAUUCACUCGCUCGUUUUUGUCCGGCCCACCAACCCCUCCACUACCAGGAUUCAUAAGCUUGCCAUGUCACUGGAUGGUAUGAAUAUGCAUGCUUGUGUUGGUUAA